CCUUCGUGUCCAACUGUUUCGGCGUACCCACUGGAGCAUUGCUACGACUGGGAUUGCAACACCCCAACGCACCCACCUCGUCAAUCAGGUUGCAUUCGACAUGCAGAUCUUUCCUGCGGGGAAUGUAGCUGUUAGGUUUCCUGGGGAUUCAUCUCAGUACCGCCAAAGUCUCAAGCAGCUUCUGAGUGGUGCUAGUGUUUCGGAGAGGAGGAUGGGUUGAAUAGGUGAGGCCUGCGGGAAUGGGUGGCUGGCUGGCGUCGAUAGCGUUGGGCAAUGCCAGGUUUUUUUGCUCAGGAUCGAAGUUGUCGAGAAUGGAUGAUCGUCGUCUUGCGUGAUAUUGCUGCCUUCACGUGAUUUGAUGUAGAUCAUGCCUCGAAGAAUGCUUCAGCGUUGAAGCACUAGACUAGUGAGCAAGUCAUUUGGCAAGGACCUGAAUGGGAUCUUCGUUCAUGAUGUCCUCAUUCUGGACAGCGUAUUCUGCCACGUGAUGCUUGUUCAUGGUGACUUCUUUGUUGAACUUUUCAAGUAUCUGGCAUUGUCAAGCUCCAGAUCUGGUAAUCGUCGUUCCAGUCAUGGAACGCAAUCCAUGGUGUUCUUUAUGCGGGCUCUCGUUUCGUCCUUUCACGUCCUAUAUUUAGGCGCAUUUCUUGUUACGGAGAGGAUUCGGUCAUGUGUCUGGAUCACCUGCAAGUUUUAGUUACACCGUCUGACUCGAGUCAAGUCGUAGAUAUUUAUCAACAUAUAACUUAAUUCUUCAUGCGUCGCAAAAGUUUGAUAUCUUUCUGAUGUUUCUUAAAUAUUCUGUCAUAAUGGUCAUCUCUGCUUUGUGAAAGGUCAUCGUAAUAACGAAUAUUUGCGGUUAACGACAUAUCCGUUGACGUGAAGUCGUUCUCGAAAUAUUAGAUUUUUUUACUGUUCAUCUGUUUUCCGGUGGGGUUUAAGAGUCGCACUCUCAGGACUUGGGAAUUGUUGAUCUCAGAAUAAUUAAUUGACUUGAUAUUCUAGAUUGAUCACUACAGUUUUGAGGUUUCAUUUGUAGAGUCGCGGUGUGGAGGAGAAGCUUUCUGCAAAGUGGAUGCUCUUAGAUAUGGAUUGUGGCAGAAGAAGAAAUAGGGUUGAUUUGAUUCCUAUUGUGAACGGCAGUGACUCUAAAUGCUGAGAUGGAAGAUUUAAAGUCAUAGAAAUGCAGAGUGUUUGGAACAGCGGGGGCAAUCAUGUCUGCAGCGGCAAGUUGUUAGUUUGGAGUUGUCAUGCGGAAGUCGAAAUCCUGAUUAUGUGCUCAAAACAAUAUAAGGUCAAUCCCAAGUGAAAAUUCCACUUCACCUACAAUGCAAAAAGAAAAUUCUGACACCGAUUGAUUCUAUGUAUCCGAGAGCUUAACCAAUCUUGUGAAGAAAGGCGCUGCGUGUAGCCCAUAACGGUGGAAGCCAUGGCAAAAGUUGAGCGGCGCUACACCCGCAAAGUAGGGGAUAGCUUCAGGAGAGAUAAGGAGCAUUUGGCUCUGUUCGAGGAGCUGGGAAUGCACGAGGAUUUGGAUUCUUCUCUUGGAAAUGUGGAAUCAAAUGUACCCUCUGGGUACGAGGAGUCAGCACAAGGAGACAUUGAGAAUGAUGACCCUCAUGCCAAGAGUGAAGAUGAGUGGCUUGUGGCCGUUACAGAAGUUUCUCCUUCCCCAGAACAUGGGCAACAGAAUCUUGUUAAAAACAGUACUCUCUCAUCUAUCAGGACCUCAAGGAGUAUACCAGCCAUUGAGGAACCGGUUGCGGCAGCUCCCAGGAGAAAUCCAAGCCCCAUGAGGAACAGCAAAAGCCCAGAAAGAUCAAACAGUCUUAGCACUUCCAAAAGCCCUCGGCCUCAAAGUCCCAGUACUGUCAAGAGCCCCCGGCCUCAGAGCCCUGGCACCUCCAAAAGCCCCCGGCCAGCCUUCAGCACUUCCACAAAGAGUCCGAGACCGAACGCAGUCUCAUCAAAAGGCUCUUCCUCGCCCACUUCGACAGCCUCUGCGGUGAAGUCCUCUUCUCCUCGUCGUAUCACCAACCCAAUACGCUCCAGCUCUCCGUCUACAACUAGGUCAAGUUCAGUUACCCGGGCAACCACUGCUUCAGCAGCCAAGUCUGCAUCUGUGGUGAAAUCUUCCCACCCUACAUUUACAAGGGCUUCCACAGUGUUCUCUUCGCCGCAGCGACGACAGAGCACGGGAACUAUUUCAAACCGACCACUGAUUACAUCUAAUCCGUCCAUUUCAUCGACUACCGCAGGUCCCACAAAGCCACUUGUCCGAGGGGUGUCGCCCUCUAGAGGUCCCUCUGUCAGGGGCACGUCUCCAGCGCGUGGUGGUACCUUGAGGGCGCCGUCUCCUUCUGUUAGCAGCAUCACAGGCAGGGGAACUUCCCCUGUUCGAUCUGGAUUCAAUCGCGGUGCUUCCCCUUCCAGAAGUAACAUCACAACCAGGGGGAGCACUCCUGCUAAAAACUUAAGCUCGAAUCGGAAGCCUAUUUCUUCCAGAGAUAAUCCCUUUCCUGCUUCGACAGAGCCAAGCUCCCUUACGUCUAGUAGGGCAGGCUCACUCGUAAGAAAGAAUGAACAUCCUGAUCCUUCCGAAAAGCUGAACGAUUUUCUUUCAGAGAUUCCUGCCAAUCUGCGCACCUCCAGCAAGCGAGGGUUUGGUUCUCCUGCCUUCACUGGUGCCCUCGUCAGCCGCUCUUACGAUGAUCCCAGCAACGAGCGGCGACAGAGCACCUCGCCAACCGACUUCGAUAGUUAUCUUUCGAAAUCCCAAAACGAUGUUCCAGGUUUUCUCAGUAGAAGUCAAGUUCAAAGUUCCAAUGAUCUAAGCAGGGUUGAAGUCGCAGGGAUCAGCCAUCGGGUGAAGACCCGCGAUCCAAGCCCCAAAGCUUCUGUUCGUGGAUUUGAGCUCCAGACGAACGAGUGUUAUCCUGAUCGUCGGGCUUCCACGGGCGACCACCGUAAUGGUUCUCAGAAAACUGCGGGUUCUGAGUAUGGGCUGGAUGGCCGUCGCCUCUCUAAAGUCAGCAAAGAGGCGCCGCCAAGCUCGAUGGGUUAUAGUACUCAUCAAAAUGUUCCUAGCUCUAGUGGCGGCUUCAAACCUUUCAUGACAAAUAGUUCCAUCCCUUCUUUCAAUACCUCCAUAGUCAGUCGGCCCUCAUGUAUUGAAACACAUGAAGAUGUGACAGCAAGUCUCAGUAAGAAAAUGGAUUCCAAUAACACGGGAGGCUUUGCAGAGGAUUCUAGCUCUAAUGGGGAUCAGAAAACCGUAGUCAAACGGACACAAAUGGGGUUUUCUCUCAAGAAAGAGAAUACAACCUCGCACGCAGGCUCAAAUACAGAGGCUCCGCCAAACAGGACGGAUGUGAGCACCAAGAGUCCGAGGUUGACUGCGCUUGUUGUAAGCCAGGGGCCAGUGAAGAUAUACCAAGGACUAGCAGACAUGGAAGACAUUGGCAGCAGUUGGUGUUGCGGGAUGGAGUACCAAUACCGUAGCAUGUGCAAGCAACAUGAAUGUGGAAUCUACAAAAACUUUCACGAUGCUUUAGUCGUGUCCAAUUCUAAGCCUAUCACUCCAGUAUUCAAAAAGAGCACUGAAGGUGGUCAAGGCACUUUGGAAAUCGAGAAUGUUUCUGCAGAUUCUUCAGUUUCUCCUUUUAGAAACAGAGUCGAGGACAAGAUUACUGAUGAGGUCGUAACCUCACAGGUUGUGAGUGACGCGAAGAAAAUAGAAAUGGAAUCUGCGGAUACAAUCAAGUCCAAGAUCCUAAAGGUGAAAUGUCGACAAGCUAGUUCAGAGAAUUCAUGUCGUGAGGUUGCUGGUGAAUUCGUGAGGUUGAAAUCUGGCGGUGAGGGAGUUCAACAUACGCUACGAGAGGGGAAGAUCAAAUCCCUGACUAUAGACACGAAUGGCAAUGAUUCCCCUGAUGGUAAGCUAGAAGAUUGCGAAGUUCUGAAAAGCAGUGGUGAAAGGAAUCCUAUUCAGGGAUCGCCUGAGGCUGAAAUUAUCCUGAUGUCACCAGUUUCUGUGAGUGAGAGUGCAACUUCAGAGGAUGUGUUGCCACCUGAUGAUGCAGCAAGAUCGCUGGCUUCUCCUCUACCUGUCGGAAAGGGUCAAACCAGGCAGCCAAAUAGUGCCAAAGAGGCGAAGAAUGACUUGAAUUGGGAGCAUGAUAUGAUUCUAGAGUCCCCUGGGCCGCGGCCACUCAAGCCACCCGAUUUUUUUGCUGUGGCUAAACGCAACGGAGAGGAAGCUACAAUCUACAGGGUGCAGAGCUUUAAUGCGUCAGAUUUCAAGGAGGAUUACAGCGAUGAAGAUGUAGCAAUUGCUGCAGACGUAUUAGACAACACGGAGGAUGUUCCCAGUGAGAGUGAAAUUGACGAGGCCGGUCAUCAAGAUUAUAGUGACGGAGUCCCCAAAUUGAAGUCCUCGAGUUCCGACUCUGGGCCGACUUCACUGCACGACACAAGGUCGGAUGCGGAGAUGGAUAAGGGAAUCGUGCCGCGGAUGUGUAAACACUCGGGUCAAGGUUGCUUGACACGCGAUGAAAAUUUGGAGCGUGAGGAUCCUGUACCUCCCUUUCGUGAAUCUGGGGAUGCUCAGUGCGCGGUUGAUGAUCCUCGUAGUCCAUUGAGACAUGCUGCGGAUGCUAGCGUAAGCAUCCCAGAAAGAGCCAAAAAUCUGCCGCAGAAAUCCGAUCAAUUGACCCCGUGUUCGAAGAGCCCCAGGGCGGGAUUUUGUCGGGGUUACCAUAAAAGAGAUGACGCGCAGCUGGUAUCGUCUAAUAAGAGAAGGACUUCGACGCCAUCUGCGACGAGCAUUGACUUGACUCGCAGCAUUGACACAUCUUGCUCAUCGCACAGUCAAUAUGACAAUGCGCUGUGGGACGAUCCGAACUACAGCGGCAGAUUUGGAAGCCCAAUGGCGGGUAUACCGUUCAAGUCAAUUCAGACUUUGCCCUUGCCUGUGGAUUUGAGGCGAAUGGAGACGCAAAGUGAUAUUGGAGAUGAUGGUGCUACAGGCGCAGACGAUGACGUCAAGUCUCCGCGAACCAACGAAGGCUUGGCCAGGCUUGCGGCGUACAUGCGAAGCGCCAGCCUCAAUGCGCGGAAUUGGAGAGCCUCGUUGCUGUCGAGUGAGGAGAAUUCGAAGCUACCGUCACGUGAUAGCUCAUUCGACUACUUCGUAGACUUCCUGGAUUCGCAGACAGAUCUCGAUCUUGAGGGGUGUGGGUUGACGGAUGUUCUGGUUUCGGCUCACAAAGAAUCUAAGAAUGCAGAUUGCUCUUCAGGAAUCAACACCUUGCGCUUCAUAAAGCGCUUGGACUCUAGGCUCAGCAACAAUAGUUUGAUUAGUGACAAAUCCUACGAAAGCAGGGUGACGGACAUUUCGACUGACUCUAGCUGGGAAUCUGGAAAGAAUCGAGCGGGACAAACGAUGGAGGGCACAUGUCAGGUGAUGGAGCAAAUCGUGGAGAACGCCAACGCGCUGUCUCAUGGUCGGCACUUGUCGUCCUUCAAGUUCGGGCAGAAGAAAACCGCCGCAAGUUUAGCAAAUAUUGAUCUGGGGUCUGAGUCGCCGGCGUCGGAUCUGUUUCCCUCUCCGGUUCGGCGGAAGUAUUCGAAGCAACUGAGCAACGCCACGUCGGAGUCGUCCCAGAAAUCUGCAAAACAUUACGGUAAAUCUGCUCCGUCCUCUAGAUGCGACCCGUUUUUGAUGCGACCCGUUUGGAUGCGGGUCAUUUUCAAACGAAGAUGUGCAUACUGGCUUUUCAAGGAUGCAAACCUUGCUAUGAGUGAAAACUUCCUUUCGUUCUAUAAUCUGAAUCCACGUCGGCAAAAACAACUGGUCCCGAUUCCCUCUAGAAUAAAGAACAAAGCAGGUGGGAUAGCAGAGCGCUCAGACGACCGGCGCGCUGAUCUGCUGCCUGCGUUGAAAUCCACACCCGGAAUUAUAAUCAUGUCGGACAAGUCCGCGGAUGACCGGGGUGUUCUGAGCCCCCCGCGCUCGUCUGCAAACGACAUUGGAGAGUUCGACGGCAACUUAUGGGAGGCGGUGCAGUUGCUGGAAGAGGAGAAAGAUACAGAGAUGGAACUCACCCCGCCCGCCCCCAUCGAAUUUGCCACCAUAGAUUUCACCCCCGCCCGGACCCCAGCUCGUACACCUGCCCGCACGCCCGCUCGCACGUUCAGCCACGCAUCGAAGUCUUCUAAUGAAUCUCAUCACUCCCAUCACUCACACAACUCCCACAAGGACGGGUUCGGAAGGAGUCCGUCCGUGACGUCCAAGGCAUCCAGCACGAAGCACGGCGAUGGCGACGAGACCAGUGACGGAGCCGAGAAGACGGGUUUUACCUCCAGGCAUGUCAGGCACGCUCACAAGUACUGCGGCUGCAUAAUUCUGUGAUGGAGAGACGAGCAUGACCCAGUUUGCCAAUCCAACUAACUGCCACUGCCAUUAUGUACUACUAGUGUAUCCAGACGCUUGUCUUCAACUCAUUCGCCCUUGUACAGCCCCACCGCACCGCCCCGCCCCGCAAUGCAUCAAACUAUUUAUACUGACAAUCUGCCACCUCGUUCGAGGAUUAGUUCGUCGGAUCUAGUGAGGCCUGUGCUGAGUUCUAGUCGUAGAUUUCCAAGCUCCAGAUCUCGAAGCCUUGCAACGGCUCUUUCCAUACACUCUCGUUGACACAUCUCUCAUGGUGCCACCCACUCUGAGUCUGCUCAACAAGAAUGAUUCCAUGUGGACAAUCCAGCCGUGCCACCAUUCAUGAAAUGCUAUGUGCUUCUGUAUUGCUACUUCGCUUACAGUUUUCUCCUGAGUAAUGUAGAGUAAAUACACUAACUGGUACUGAAAUAUUGUGCCUAUGUUAAAUCAAUCCUGGAAUGAUGAAUGCUGAUUGUUUUGGUUGUGUGCC